AACGCACAGUUUUCAAAAUGGCGUCUGAACCUUAAAGGAAUUUCUAAAACAAACUCGAUCUUUUAUUAAUCCCAAUAACCAAAUGAUUGCCAUUUUGAUAAUAUGAGAAAGCCGGUACUACAAUGAAAAAGAUUUUUAAAGCUUUUAGAAAGAGUUCGAGCUCAAGUUCUAGCUCAUCAAGCUCGGAAUCUGAGAGUGAAGCUGAAAAUCCGCGCGAAGAAAAACCAAUUGAAAGUCCUCCGAAACAGUCUUGGAGUAUAACGCACUCGGAUAUCGAAGUCCCAAGACCAAAACAACCAAGAGCAAAGUCUGCCAAGCCAGCCGUCAGAGUUCAUCAUGGCAGAGCAACGGAAGAAGAAAAAGAAAAGAGACCAGUUUCUUGGCAGUCGAAACCAAAACAUCGUGUAACUAUGAAAAGAAGAGACAGUCAAAGUAGUUACCCAGAAGAAAAAACAAAAUUGAUGGAAAAACCGAGAUGGGAAAUGCUAAGUACUAUUGAUGCUCUACCUCCGAGGUCUCUGACUGUUACCUCAAUCAAGCAGAAUACAGAUCUACAGGAAGUUCUUGGGUUAGAGGCAGCACAUGCUGAAGGGCAGUCAUCGAAUGACUGGCUGAUGCGGCACAGUAUUGAUGCUGAAGCAUUGACUAUAGAUGAAAUACUCAAGUGUGGGAUACGUAUUAAGCCACCAUCUGAUGCCAAUCCUGACACAGCAUACAUCAAAUAUGAUGAAGCAAAGCUUCAAGAGUUUGAAUUUAAGCUUAAUAAUGUUAUUAAUCUUUGUCAAGAAAGAAUAAAUUGGCUACUUCGAGGCAGUAGAAGGUCUUUUGGCCUUGUCAAAGGCAACAGAGUCGCUCUAUUGGUUGAUUCAUCAGAUGCAAACUGUGGGUAUGGAAGAUUAAGACUUUUUCAGGAAUCAUUACAG